CUUCCUUCUAGCGAUUUUCUUCUUUUUCUUUAUUAAUUUUUUUGAUCUUUUCACCUACUUUUUUCUUGCUUUCCUAUAUUCUCGAUUUAGCCCUUUCUUUUCCCUUUCCAUCUCUCUGUAUUUUCUUUUGGUCUUUUCACCUUCUUCAUUUCUGCUUGGUUCUACUUUCUGUUUUACCCUUUCCUUUUUAUGUUUGCCCUAUUACCUUCAUUUCUUAUGGCAGGGGGCUUCUUAGAUUUUGCCAUUGUUGCUUUAGUUGGUCGGGCUAUUGUUGCAGUGGAAGUAGAUGCUACUGUUGAUAAUACUUCUGAUAUUUUUUCUAAUGGAUCUCCUAAUGUCUUCCUUCUACCGCUAUCAGAUUUUCCUUGGCUCUUUUGUCCACUCAAAGGGAUGCUUCUUCCUCUAGUUUCGAUAUGGAAGGUUGUUGAAGGAAGCUCCACUAUUGUUUUUGAGCCUUUGCUUGCUACUGUAGGUGGCAUGGAUACCUUAGUUGCUUUGAGUCGAUCUAUUAAAGUUAAGAAAGUUUCGAGAAAAACUAAAGGAGUUGCUUCUCGAGAAGCGCCUGUGUCUGUGAAGAGGUCUAAAAGGCUGAAGAGUUCUCCUUCUAUUAAGGUUGCUGUUGAUAGUAGUUUUUCUAAGGGUAAAGUGGGGAAGAGUGUGAUAGAUGCUAGCAAGGAAACACCUUCUUUAUUGGUUUUUCUUGAUGAUGAGUUGCAGAGCUUUUCUUCUAAGGAAAAAGCUUUACUUUCAUCCAUAACGGAUUUUAUUGAUGGAAAAAGUUUUUUUAAGUCCUUGCCUUGGUCGCCUUUGAAGGAUGUGGCUUUUAAAGAAUCCUUUGAGGGUAGAGCAUUUACCUUUUCUAGUGGUCUUGGCUAUUUUAAUCUUGCCAUUAAGUUGAUCAAGGUGUUGCGUUUUUGCCAAGGGAUGAUUGUACCUGAACAUCUUGUUGAAUUCAAGAAUAUAGAUGUUGCAGCCUUAGUUUGUGUUGAUCCUAAGUUGAAGGGGAUCUAUGACGAGGGUCCGGAAUAUGUUUCUCUUGGUGCUUUCCCAUUUGGAGCAAAGGAGGGCUUUAGUAGUUCUUGGGAUUCUGAGGACUCUACUGUUGCCAUUCAUAGUGGGAACAAUUUUGCCAACAUGAUUAGUGCUUCUCUUUCCCCGGAUGAUUAAGACUAUAAAUCCUACAAAAAGAGCAUUUAGGGUUUCAAAGUAUAUAUAGGUCAUGUUACUUUGUUUUUCCCUAUGGGUUUUCUAUUUAAUGUUUAGGAUUGUGCCUUGACAUUCAUUUAGGCUAUGUUAGUUUUUAUGCCUUUUGUGCACUUGUUUGGUGAACAGUUUUUUUUCCUUGUUUUUUUUUUUUUUUAAACUUGAGUCUUGGCCAUGUCAGCAUUAUGACCUUUCAUCGAAAUUGCACCAAUUUUGCUUGUCAUUUUUAUUUUAUUGUUUCCAUAACUCUUCGUUAGUUUUAUUAGUUUUUGUAGUUUCUUAUAGUGAUGGUGUAAUCAUUCAUCAAUGAGGAUCCAUGGGUUAACAAUUGGUUAGUAUGUGCCAUAUCCUCCUUUUUCUUGUAUAAAAGAUAGGUUGGAUA